AUGUCUCGACCAGGCCUCCAACACCGCCCGUCCAGCGUCGCAGCCGCAAACAAGACAAUCAUCCUGGUCACGGGCGGAAACACCGGCAUUGGCUACGAAAUCGUGAAAAAGCUGGCGACCGAGAAUCCUCAUUUCCAAGUUCUCAUGGGCUGUCGCGAAACGCACAAGGGCGAAGAGGCAGCGGCGAGCAUGGGGGCUCCGACCAACGUCAACCCAAUCCAACUCGACAUCACCGACGACAAGUCCAUCGAGCAAUGCUACCUCGCCAUCAACCAGCACUUUGGCAAGCUGGAUGUGCUCAUCAACAACGCAGGCACCGCCGCCCAGCAGCUACCACCAACCGCCACUCUACGUGAGAAGUACGACGUCAUAUACAAUGUCAAUGUCACCUCGACCGCUGUUUUGACGGAUCGACUCACACCGCUGCUGGAGAAGUCGAAACUUCCCAAGGUCAUCUUCCUCUCGUCCACUCUCGCAAGCAUUUCCAUCACGAUCGAGCACGGCCCCAUGUAUCCUGGUGUCUGGUACAGCUCAAGCAAAAGCGCCGUCAAUGCCAUCAUGGCCUUCUACUCAAAGACACACCCGACUUGGAGGGUUAACGCCGUGUGUCCGGGAUAUCGAGCGACCGGGUUGAAUGGCGAAGAGCUCACGGAUGAGCUACAUCCCAAGCAUGGCGCGGUCAGAGUGGCGCAACUGGUGGCUGAUGGACCUGAUGGAGUAACGGGCACGUUCUCAAAUACCGACGGGCCUCUACCGUGGUAG